AUGGGGGGAGUGAUUGAGCGCGAGGGAACGCGGGCGCGGGCCAGGGCGAAGGCGAGGGCAAGCCAGGGAAGCAGCCUGGGCUGGGCCGAGCUGGGCUGGCUUGGGGGGGGGGUAGAGAAGGAGGAGGAGGGGACGACGGACAAGGAGACGAGAGGGGGCAACGCUCCCACGCUACAAUCUGCCUGCCACACACAAAGUGGCCCAGCGACGGAGCUACUGCCGCAGAGUGCAAGGUUGUCGAGGUACGACUGGGUCCUCCUUGUACCAGUACCAGCAAAGACUUAUGUGCGCGUCCUUUUUUUUGUCGCCCGCAUGGUAGGCAAGCAGGCUAGAGUGCAUGAAGGUCCAUUCUGCGUGGUACGCAUGGUGCUUGCGGCUCAAGGGGCACCUGUGCACCGUGCUUUGCGGUCCGAGACGGGGGGCAGAGCAGGUAACUACCUGUACAGUAACGGACAAAACCGACGGGACCGUCCAAGCGCGUCGUGGUUGGCGUGGGCGUGGUUUGCCGGUCAACCUGGUAGCCUUCUCAGUGCCUUGUCGCAGACUGUGCUUGGUGCUUGGUGCUGCUGGGUGAGAUGUGGUGCUGGCGUUAUAGAACAAACAAGACGGGAGGGAACGAAACGAGCCGAGUGGUCACUUGCGAGGGAGCAGCUUGCACUUGUAGGUUGGCAGCUGGCACCAGUUGAUCUACACCCACCAAACGGACGGCGGACGCCUGCGCGUUUGACUGUUGGCAGCUGGCAGUGGCCACGUAGUUCGAGGGAGCUUUCAACUACCGAUGCUAGCGGAUUUGUGGCCUCGCGAAGCCCACUAGGUAGGGAGACGGAAUUACCAAGCGUUGGUACAAGAGGGGGCGUGCAAUACUGCAAGCAAAAGGUGUGCGUGUUUGUGUGUGUCUAUCCGUGUGGUGCGCGCGUGUGCGUUGUGUGUGUGUCAGUAUGGCAAUUGGCAAAUAGCGUGCGGCGAGUUAGUAGCUGCCUCUCCUGGUACCGUCACUGCACAGAGCCCGCAUACGCGCUCUCCUCGUCCUUCUGCCUGUUAAGCGAUAUGACACGGUUCUACAUAUGCCAUCGGGAAGCCGCAUCUUCUCUUCUUUUUCAUCAGUCCCUCAUACCGAACCCAGCGGCACCCUCAGAGCCUGCUAGCCUUACCCUGGGCCCUGCCGGCCACGUUGCCAAAUCUAGACCAGUUGACGAUAACUACUCUGUACUCCGUCCUCACAUCGACAAGUGCCCCACCAUAGCUUCCUCGACGCGUGCGUCUCGCCUCGCACCCUGGAUCGAUGCCCAUCUGACUCUCCAGCCGCCAGUGUUGACUGACCAACCCGAUAUUGAUCUCCCGACUUACACGGAUGGGAAGGGGAGUAGUCGAAAGAGCCCAUACAAGGCUAGCCCGCUUACGGACUCAAUCGAGCGUCAGGUCUCGCAGCGAUCGCAAGCGCUGGUCGUCGAAGAGCCCGUAGUUGCAACUGCAACUGCAACGGCCAUGUUGCAAGCCACGAGACCCAUAGCUUCAGCCACGAUCAAGCGAGCACGCGACCAAAUUGGAGGUAAAGAACCGAAAGUGCAAGGGCUGGGCGCUGCCAAACUAUCCCACAAUGCGCGGCGCUCAUCAAACACACCCACGCCGUCCCUCGUUGAUGGCAAAAAGCAAGCUAAGCACAGGCGGAGCGGGCCCGCCCUUUUUAAGCUCAGCGCUGCCCACACGGUGGUGGUGCCCGUCAAAACGGCUCUUUCGGUCAUCAAGUGUAUCAGCAUUGCUCUAAAACUCACGAGUCCCGUGGGCACCAAUGGCGCUGGCAAAGCUGCAUAUCGCCUGCCGCCUGCAUGCUUAGUUACGUCUUUGACCAGUUUUGAGUGGUGGGCGGGAGCCAGCUUGGAGCCGAGCCUGCUUUAUUCGCAGGGUGGGCGUGCGGUGGGGUAG